CACUGUCCCUAAUAAGGUCAACCACCUCUUCAUGGCCCAAUUGUUCCACGACCGGAAACAACGCGAGGAGCGCAUCACCACCCCCAAGGACCAGCGCCAUAAGGUGGCUAACAUCGACUACCUGCGGCCUAUCAUUGCGGACGCUGAUACUGGCCAUGGUGGGUUGACUGCCGUGAUGAAGCUGACCAAGCUGUUCGUCGAACGGGGUGCGGCUGGUAUCCACAUUGAGGACCAGGCUCCAGGCACCAAGAAGUGUGGCCACAUGGCCGGUAAGGUGUUGGUGCCUAUUAGCGAGCACAUCAACCGCCUGGUUGCCAUUCGUGCCCAGGCCGAUAUUAUGGGCACGGAUCUCCUGGCCAUUGCCCGAACCGACUCCGAGGCCGCCACCCUCAUCACAUCCACCAUUGACUACCGGGACCACGGCUUCAUCAUUGGCUCCACCAACCCCAAGCUGCAGCCGCUCAACGACCUGAUGGUCGCUGCCGAGCAAGCGGGCAAGUCGGGCAAUGAUCUGCAGGCGAUCGAAGACCAAUGGACCGCUCAAGCUGGCUUGAAGCUGUUCGACGAGGCCGUCCUCGACGCCAUCCACCAGGGCUCGCACAGCAACAAGCAAGCCGUGGCGGAGGACUACCUGCGCAAGGUCAAGGGCAAGAGCAACAGCGAGGCCCGCGCCCUCGCCAAGAGCAUCACCGGCGUCGACAUCCACUGGGACUGGGACGCGCCGCGGACCCGCGAGGGCUUCUACCGGUACAAGGGCGGCACCCAGUGUGCGGUCAACCGGGCGGUGGCUUACGCCCCGUUCGCGGAUCUCAUCUGGAUGGAGAGCAAGCUUCCGGACUACGCGCAGGCGAAGGAGUUCGCCGACGGGGUGCACGCCGUGUGGCCCGAGCAGAAACUAGCAUACAACCUCUCCCCCUCGUUCAACUGGAAGAAGGCGAUGCCCCGCGACGAGCAGGAGACCUACAUCAAGCGCCUGGGGGCCCAGGGAUACUGCUGGCAGUUCAUCACCCUGGCCGGGCUGCACACCACGGCGCUGAUCACGGACCAGUUCGCCAAGGCCUAUGCCCAGCAUGGCAUGCGCGCGUACGGCGAGCUGGUACAGGAGCCCGAGAUCGAGCAGGGCGUCGACGUGGUGACGCAUCAGAAGUGGAGUGGUGCCAAUUAUAUCGAUAAUAUGUUGAAGAUGGUGACGGGCGGUAUUAGCAGCACCGCGGCGAUGGGCAAGGGCGUGACGGAGGAUCAGUUCAAGCAUUGAGGGGGUUUAGAUGUGUAAUGGCUGGUGAGAUUGACUCUUACAACAGUUGUAGAUACCUUUUGGCAGUUCAAUAGUUUCAAGCUUUUAUAUAUUUCGGUCGGGGAUCUUCUGUG